AUGGCAGCUCUAAAAGCUUCACUUCCAAUCCUAUCGUUCUUCUUGUUGCUCUCACUAUAUUCCAACACUUUCAUCCACACAGCUCUCGCCGAUGGCGUCACUCCCGAGGAAGCUAAACAGCUCAGGGACGAGGUUAGGGAAAUGUUUUAUCAUGCAUUUAAUGGAUAUAUGGAGCAUGCUUUUCCACUUGAUGAAUUAAGGCCUCAGUCUUGUGGGGGUGAAGAUUCGCUUGGUGGUUAUGCCUUAACUUUGAUUGACUCCUUGGACACACUAGCUUUACUUGGUGAUCGAGACCGCUUUGCUGCCUCUGUUGAAUGGAUUGGUAAAAACCUUCAGUUUGAUAUAAAUAAGACAGUAUCUGUUUUUGAGACUACCAUCCGUGUCCUUGGGGGUCUACUCUCCGCACAUCUUAUAGCCAGUGAUUAUGCUACGGGCAUGAAAAUUCCAACCUAUAACAAUGAGUUACUUAACUUAGCUGAGGAUCUAGCCCGGAGGUUGUUGCCUGCAUUUGACACUCCUUCAGGAAUUCCUUUCGGAUCUGUCAAUCUGAUGCAUGGAGUUGAUGAACAUGAAAGCAAGAUAACAUCAACAGCCGGUGGUGGGACUUUGACUUUGGAGUUUGGAGUGCUCAGCCGAUUGACAAAAGAUCCCAUUUUUGAACAAGUUACCAUGAAUGCAGUUCGUGGGCUUUGGGCUCGCCGUUCAAGGCUCAAUUUAGUUGGUGCUCAUAUUAAUGUUUUUACAGGUGAAUGGACACAGAAGGAUGCUGGAAUAGGAACUAGUAUCGACUCUUUCUAUGAGUAUCUUCUAAAGGCUUAUUUAUUAUUCGGAGAUGAAGAGUAUCUAUUCAUAUUUCAAGAAGCGUAUGCUGCUGCUAUGCACUAUCUUUACAAUGAUCCUUGGUACGUAGAGGUAAAUAUGGAUUCUGCUGCUGUUGUCUGGCCAUUAUUUAACAGUUUACAGGCAUUCUGGCCAGGACUUCAGGUUUUAGCGGGAGAUAUUGAUCCUGCAAUUCGAACCCAUACUGCCUUCUUUAGUGUGUGGAAAAGAUAUGGUUUCACUCCAGAGGGCUUUAAUCUUGCUACGCUCAGUGUUCAGCAUGGGCAAAGAAGUUAUCCACUGCGUCCAGAGUUAAUGGAGAGCACAUAUUGGCUCUACAAAGCCACUAGAGAUCCCAAAUAUCUUGAUGCUGGACGAGACAUGGUUGCCAGCUUGCAGUACAGUGCACGAUGCCCCUGUGGAUUUUGUCAUAUAUCAGACGUUGAGUUCCACAAGCAGGAAGAUCAUAUGGAGAGCUUUUUCCUAGCAGAAACAGUUAAAUACUUGUGGCUUCUUUUUGAUUUGGCUGUGGGACCAGAUAACCUUGUUGAAAAUGGGCCAUACAAGUACAUCUUUAGUACCGAAGGCCAUUUAUUGCCUGCAACCCCUGAAAUAUCUCUUGUGCAGGAACAUUGUUCAUAUUUUGGGGCUUAUUGUAACACCGGCAACAUGCGAAAUGAAUCUCAUGCAUCAGAUGUUGCAAGUAAUCCUCAAGAAACUAAUGAUGGUAGCUUACAUGGAAGAGUUCGCACUAGAUUUCCUUCAGGCUCCACUUUUCCUGAUUCAACCCCUAUAUCAGGAUUGAUAAAAGGUGUUUGCCCAGGACUAACUCAUGGGCAAAAGUUCGGUAUAUCAUAUGUGGCAUCCAGCCACAGAGCUCAUGAGGAGUCCAGGAACCAAAGAAAACCAACUGUUGCAGAGAGCCAUUCACUGGUGGUUGUCCCAGGCCAAACUUCUGAGGAUACACCUCAAAAACGAUGA